AUGCGCUUCACAGUACGGAUAUCUAUUACUCCUACGUCCUCAGUAUCACAGCAAACCACCACAGAAGAAAUAAUAAAAUCAGGAUUAAAAAGCCACCGCGAAGGCAAACGCACCCGCCCACCGCCUUCGCCUCCCGCUCGCCCCGGGCUGCCUGCGCCCACCCCGCGCCGCUCCACGCGAGCCCGCCCGCCCCCCCGGGUGUCCCGCGGGGGAACGCUGCCCGCCCCGCCGGCACCCCCGACCAGGCAGGCGGCACAACAGGUUGCGGAGGCGGCUCGGGGCAGGAGCCGGCCCCGCGGAGGCUGCAGCCACGCUCCCUACGGAGGGCGGACGAGGGGAGACCGGGAUGAACACCCCCAUCCACAGCCCGGUCUGGGGGAGCCGGCACCCCGGGAGCAGCGGCGGAGCUCCUGCCCGCUCCCGCCGGGGGCCCUUUGUUCUCACCACCCAAGACGCCGCCGCCCGGCAGCCCCGCGCUCUCCCAGGCGGCGGCUCGCCCCACCGGGGGGGAAAGGCGCGGUCUGCCGCCCCCCGCUGCAGCGCCCUCCCUCGCUCCCUCCUCCCGCCGCAGAAACGGCCGGCGCCAGCCGCGGGAAACGCUUCGGGCCGCUACCGAUCGCCCCGCGCCUCGCACACGGCACAGGCACCCCCGCCCGGGACGCCCCACGGCGCUCAGCGCUGCGCCCCGCGGGGCGCGUCCCCUCUCCCCCGAGCCCACCGCCAGAAGUGCGCCCGCCGGGGCUGCCCCGAGCGCCGCAGCCCGCCCGGGAAGGUCACGCCGCGGCGGCAAUCCCCGCGCCCCCGGCACCGCGGCGCCGGCAGGUGCCUGGCUGCCCCCAGCCGACCCAGGGAGGCUCCGCCGGGCGCAGCCGGUGGCCGCCGGAAAACCGCGUGGCGGCCCCAGCGGAUGGUAGAGGGGCUCCGGUACCGCACGACGGCCCCCACGGGGCAUCCGGGGCGGCGGCGGGGCCGAAGCGGGCGGCGGGGCCGUCGCUCGGGGGCCGCGAUCCGCGGGGCUCAACAGGCGGCGGAGUUUGGCGGCUCCCAGGGAGACGAUUCCACCGUGUCGGUAGCCGGACGCGGGGCUGA